UCCCAUGAUGCAGUUCAUGUUCCAGUAACAUCCCAUGCUGCGGUUGUUUUUGUUCUGUCCCUGCUGUCAACCAUCACGAGAUAAAUAACAGUCUGUAGGCGGAAUAACGGCAGUAGACUUCAAUUAAAGGUGUUGUCGUUGCAAGUAAGUACUAUCAUCAGGCUUAACGUUGCACGGUUCCCGUGUUUUCCCGCAAUGUUGUCUUCGGUUCCACCGCGGAUCUUCAUGCGAAGGUCGCGCAGCCUUUCCCCGUGCCGUGUGCUCCAGACAAGCACAAAGGACGCCGCGAGGAACCACAUCAUCCUCGAUAAAGCGGACGCCAACCGGAACCCCAUCGUUUCUACCUCCCGUGUCUCCCGUAGAGGAAUUCUGAGCGAGGAGGCGAAAGGCCAGAGUGUGAGCCUGGCCAUACAGUAUCACCAUCUGGCCCCCAGGUGGCUCUCUAAUCUCCAGGGUCGCAGGAGCUCCUGGGCCUCUCUGGCUUCCAAGGGACGCAACAACAACAACCUGUACUGGGAACAGAGCGGGGAAAGGACCGGGGGACAGAGCGGGAGCAGCCGCCCUUAUGCACUGGCCUCUGCUGGGGUACUGUCUGCUGCAGCCAUGGCCUUCUGCCUCAAGAAGGACUCUGAUACGAAAGGUGAUGCACUUCUGGAGGCUGCAAGGACCAACAGCUCACAAGAUGUGGCAAGGUUGCUGGGCGAGGGGGUGGAGCCUAACCACAGACACCGUCUGGGCUGGACCUCUCUCAUGGUGGCAGCUAUGAACCGCCAGCACAGCGUGGUGAAGGUUCUGCUGGAGUCUGGGGCUGAUCCUAAUGCAGGAGACGACUUCAACAACGUCUAUGACACGUCCAGAGAGAAGGGCAUUCACUCACUGGAAGUGUUAGUUUCCAGGGAGGAUGAAUUUAGUAGCAGGCUAAGUAGCAGGGCUGGUUUCCGUGGUUGCACAGCCCUACACUACGCAACGCUGGCCGACGACCCACUCGCUGUACGCAUGCUGCUGGAGAAAGGUGCCAACCCCCUGCAGACCAAUGCCUUAGGACACACAGCCAGAGCCUACGCCAAGGAGGGAGAGUUACACACACUACUGCUGGAGUGGGAGGGCAAGUUCCAGGAAGCUCAAGCUAAGAGAGAGGCAGAGGAGAGAAGACGUUUCCCUCUGGAGAAACGACUGAUGGAGCACAUCAUCGGUCAGGAGGGGGCCAUCAACACUGUGGCUUCAGCGAUCAGGAGGAAGGAGAAUGGCUGGUAUGACGAAGAACAUCCCCUUGUCUUCCUCUUCCUCGGCUCCUCUGGAAUCGGUAAGACUGAGCUGGCCAAACAGGUGGCUCGUUAUAUGCACAAGGACCUGAAAAAGGGAUUCAUCCGCAUGGACAUGUCCGAGUUCCAGGAGAAGCACGAGGUGGCUAAAUUCAUAGGUUCUCCUCCAGGUUAUGUUGGUCAUGAAGAGGGAGGUCAGCUGACUAAACAGUUGAAGGCGUAUCCCAAUGCCGUGGUUCUAUUUGACGAGGUGGACAAGGCCCACCCAGACGUACUGACCAUCAUGCUACAGCUGUUCGAUGAGGGCCGUCUUACAGAUGGGAAGGGGAAGACCAUUGAGUGUAAGGACGCCAUCUUCAUCAUGACCUCGAACGUGGCCAGUGACGACAUCGCUCAGCAUGCAUUGCAGCUCCGCCAGGAGGCCCAGGAGCUCAGCCGCAGGAAACUGGCCGACAACCUGGACGAUGUUCAGAAGAGGGAUGAUGUCACCAUCUCCAGGCAGUUUAAGGACGCUGUAAUUCGCCCUAUUCUGAAGGCCCAUUUCCGGAGGGAUGAGUUUCUGGGGCGGAUCAAUGAGAUUGUCUACUUCCUGCCGUUCUGCCCCUCUGAACUACAGCAGCUUGUCAGCAAAGAGCUCAACUUCUGGGCCAAGAAGGCGAAGCAGAGGCAUGACAUCACUCUGCUGUGGGACCGCCCUGUUCUGGACCUGCUGGCUGGAGGUUACAACCUGCACUACGGAGCCCGUUCCAUCAAACAUGAGGUACACACACACUUACAGGUGGAACGGAGGGUGGUCAACCAACUGGCAGCAGCCUAUGAGCAGGAGCUCCUGCCUAAGGGCUGCACCCUCCGCCUGUCUGUCCACUCAGAGGACAGGGGCGGGGCCGAGGGGCAGGAAGGGCUGGAGCAGGGCGUACCCAGUCUGCGUCUGGAGGUAGUGGGGAAGGACAGCACAGCACGGACGCUGGACAUACGCCCUCCUCUCAGCCCCGAUCACUAACACACAGCACCCACUGUGUAUAUAUACUCUGGGGUCUACUGUCGUCACAUCACCUCAUAAUAACCUAUCACCUCAUAAUAACCUAUCACCUCAUAGUCAUGAGUUGGUUUUCAUGGAGCUAAUUAAGCAAUAAGGCCCAAGGAGGUGUGCUAUAUGGCCAAUAUACCAUGGCUAAGGGCUGUUCUUAAGCACGACGCAACAUGGAGUGCUUGGACACAGCCCAUAGCUGUGGUAUAUUGGUCAUAUAUCACAAACCCCUGAGGUGCCUUAUUGCUAUUAUAAACUGGUCAAUGUAAUUAGAGUAGUAAAAAUAUUGUUUUGUCAUACCCAUGGUAUACAGUCUGAUAUACCACGGCUGUCAGACGAUCAGCUUUCAGGGCUCGAACCACCCAGUUUAUAAUGUAAAAUAAAACAUGUCUCAUAAGAAACA